AUGGAUAUGAUGUCGGCAGGAACAGCUUCGUUUGCGGCCCCCGCGGGCUCGGGUUCAGAAAUUCACUCCAACCUCAGCUCGACUUUUGCCGCAACCUCCUCCUCGUCCUUGGGAUCCUUGACGGACUACAACACCUACCCACUCGCGCGAUAUGGCGACCGCACCUACUUCCGCGACCCGGAUAACACAUAUCCUCUACCAUGCGACCUGCCCGAGAUCCACCGCCAGAGCCUACGCACCAUGAUGCUGCUGCGCGUCUUUGGCGGUCCGUUUUGCAACCCCCACCUGGCUAAUCACCCGCCUAAGCGCGUCCUGGAGAUCGCCUGCGGAUCUGGUCUGUGGUCCGGCCUGUGCCAUGAGUACUUCGUUCGCCGCGGCCAGCCGAACGUUUCAUUUGUCGGCCUUGACAUGGUAUCGCUCGCGCCGGAUUUGCGCAAACAGGGAAUGAACUGGCAAUUUAAACGACAUGACCUACGAAAGCCUCGUCUACCUUUCCCCGAUGAUUAUUUCGAUCUUGUUUUUAUUAAAGAUGCGGGGAUGUGCUCUUCCAGCCCCGCGCAACAAGCCUCGGGCUUGAGUGAACCUCUUCGAAUCCUGAAAUCUGGAGGAAUCCUCGAGGUGUGGGACUCGGACUGGGUAUUCCGGUCACUGCUCCCUAACCCAGCACCGGCCCGCCAGACCUCCACGAAAGACCAAGAGAUCGCCGAGUCGACCGCCACCUAUACAUUUUCCUCCGCCACACCUUUCACCAGAGCACAGAACAAAUUCCUCGUCGACUACAACUCCUGGGUCGAGAAGUCAUUCGACCGGCUCAAACUCACGGCCUUGCCAUGUGCCACCAUUGGCCUGUCCUUCAAUUCGGAGGUGGAUCUCCUCGAGAAUGUGGACAGCCGCCGCAUCGCAAUCCCACUCGGCGACUUGCGGUGGGAGCGAGAAGGCACCGGCAAGGAUUCCAAGGGUCGUGCACGCAAGUCACUGACUCCCGAACAGGCCUCCCUUCGGAGAACGGCCUUGAUAACGGUCAUCCAGAUGAUCGAAGGAUUAGAACCCUUGCUUAUGGAGGCCAGUGGUAAGGGUCGCGAUGAGUGGGACCGCUGGUGGGCGGCAAUGACCGCAGACCUCUUCCAGAAGGGCAGCCUCGCCAGUGGCGAGUGUCUCGAAGUCAGUGCCUGGUGGGGUCAAAAGAUAUGA